ACAAUUAUUUUGAACUUUCACCCGGCACACAAUCGACAACCAAAACACAUGUUCCCCGGGGAGGAGAUAGAUUUUUAACAGAUAAGACCACAAUCACCCCUUAUAAUGGAGAUUCCUUGGGCUAGUGAGUUUGUUCCUUUGAACGGAGUGUCAACACAUAUCCUCAAGUGUGGUGUAUGGCCGCAAACAUCUACACCUACAGACAGGCUUCUAUUUCUCAUCAUUCCAGGUAACCCAGGUGUAAUCCAGUACUACGAGAGAUUUAUGGAGCGUCUGUUUCGUGCCAAUGAAGGUGGUAUACCAGUGUGGGGUGUAUCACAUACAGGCCAUGUCCAUGAUCCAGCCAAUCCAUCCAGUCACUCAUCAAGCAUUCAACAAAAUGAUCCAUCCAGCUGUUCAUCACCAGAUCGUUUGAGUAUAGGCCACCAUCCAAAUGAACCAUUUACACUGAAGGGACAAAUCCAGAACAAAAUUGAGUUUAUCAACAAGCACGUUCCAGAAGAUGUAAGACUGAUUUUGAUUGGUCACUCAAUUGGUUGCUACAUGAUACUCAAGAUGCUUAAUGAGCUAUCUCCAAGAAAAGUUUCCAGAUGUUUUCUUCUUUUCCCAACGAUAGAACAGAUGGCAGCUUCACCGAACGGCAAGCUUGCCACUCCUCUACUCAAGUGGCUAAGAUGGCUUGCGGUUGGAGCCGCUCACAGUCUUUCCAUUCUUUCUACUAAAGCUAAGUAUCAGCUUGUUUUGUGGCAUUUUCGUGCAAAAAAAUCACAUAAAGAAAUUCCUGAUUGUAUUUAUAAAGCAACAAUGGAACUAUUCACACCUUCCUGUUUAGCAAACGUACUGUUUAUGGCUAACGAAGAGAUGCAACAAGUCGACACACUGGAGGAGGAUCUAGUCCGACAACAUGCUGACAAGCUUUGUUUGUACUACGGCCAGUCAGAUGCCUGGUGUCCGCGGGAAUACUUCUACAAUUUACGCGACAAGGCAUUUAAUUCUGAUAUCCGUCUGUGUAAUCGGGGCUAUGAACAUGCGUUUGUGAUCAAAGCCAGCGAUGAAAUGGCAGACAUUGUAUGGGCAUGGUUUCAGAUGUAUUUACAAAACCUCAAGGAGUUGUGACAAUUCGACUCUCCACAUUGACACUAUUACGGAAACAAAAAUGGAAGCACAUGUCUUUUCUUAUUGUCCUAUGGCCUGCAAUUAACACUGUUUUCGAGAUGCCACUAAUCUAAUAACCAGAUGUAAGAUAAGUUUGAAUAUUACAACUUAAUUUUAUUUUCUAUCAAAGAGUCAUGGAAUAUUGAUAAGUAGGAUGAUAAUCUAUUUAUGAUUAAACAAUUUUUAUUUAGAAAACCUUUAUAGGACAAAAAAGACAAGAAAUAUGUAUCAAUUAAUUUGUAUUUUGAGUAUAGAUAUAUAAAGAUUAGAUUUCAAAGUCAUUCAAGAUUGACUCUUUGAGUAAAACAUCACUUGGUUUAUCAUUUCCUUGUUUCAGAUUUAAGAUAAUUAUUUGUAGUGAAGCAUUACAAAACUUAGAAAUCAUAAAAGGUGUACUUUUUAAGUUACAUCAACCAUUCAACGAAAUGUUAAGGUGUUGUACUUGAAUGAUUUACAUGUACCAUGCAACGAAUGAGAAAAUUGACAUUUAAGCUGAUUUUAAGUGGAACAUUAAGUGUUUCUUAUAAUUUUUAAUUCAUUAUUUAUACAAAAGUAACAAUUUUGAUGACAUGUGAUUAUACGGAAUAUUCAUAUACAGAUUACAAACAAUGAAAAAUUGAAGAAACACAAAGAAAUCAGAACUCAACAUUUAACUAUUGUAAGUUUUAAGAAGCUCAUGAUCAGUUCUGAUUUCUUUUGGUUUUCACUUGUUGAUAUAUACGAUGUACAUGAUACAAAAGAUGUGUUUUUAAGCCUUAAAUACAACACAUGUUUCUACUUAUAUACCUGAACAUGUUUGGAAGACUUUUCUCAUUUUUUAAUAGAUUUUAUUAAGCUUCUAGAGAGAAGGAAUCUUGAGCAUAGUCUUCCUUGAAAUAGAAGGAAUAAAACUUUAAAGUGUUGUUUAUCUGGUAUGUUAACAGAAACAAAGAUAGUGUUCUUAAAGAGUUGUUUGUUCAUUAAUUUAAUUUCAUUUGCCUGACUUAAUUAGAUUUCAUUUGCCUGUGUUAGAAUCAAUUGGUCUGUGAUAAUUAGUUUCCAUCUGUCUGUGUUAUAUCCAAUUUGUCGAUGUUAAUUAGAUUUCAUUUGUCUGUGUUAAUUAGGACUAUUUGUCUGUGUUAAUUAGAUUUCAUUUGUCUGUGUUAAUUCAGACUAUUUGUCUGUGUUAAUUAGAUUUCAUUUGUCUGUUAAUUAGGACUAUUUGUCUGUUAAUUAGGACUAUUUGUCUGUUAAUUAGGACUAUUUGUCUGUGUUAAUUAGAUUUCAUUUGUCUGUGUUAAUUAGGACUAUUGGUCUGUGUUAAUUAGAUUUUAUUUGUCUGUGUUAAUUAGGACUAUUUGUCUGUGUUAAUUAGAUAUCAUUUGUCUGUGUUAAUUAGGACUAUUUGUCUGUGUUAAUUAGAUUUCAUUUGUCUUUGUUAAUUAGGACUUUAUUUGUUUGCGUUAAUUAUACAAAUUUCUAUAUGGUGGGUGACUUUAUUUGAAAAGCAAUGAUUAUAUUGUUGGUGAUGUAGCACAUUUUAUGUUUACUUAUUGUAAAUGUGAUACACCAUCAGCUGUAACUGUCUCAAUACACAAAUCAAAAUACAAAGUUUUUACUUAAAGUGUAUAGCCAUUUUGAUUGUAUCCUCAACCACAGAUAGUAUACCACAUUGAGAUUUCUUUUACAUGUAGCCACCUUUUACACUCUUAUGAAAUUUCAGCCCACCAUCAUCUGAGAGUUGAAUUUUCAAAUUAUUUCUAAUCUGGUCUGUGUAUCAGUCCACCAUUCCAUUUGUCUUAUAAAACCAUUUCCAUUAUCAAUGUUUCUGAAAAUUACCGACAGAAUCUUCAUGAAACUUUGAAAAAAUUCAGUGUUAGUCCUUAUUAUGCCUGCCACACUUUGUUCUGAUAAUGAUUAAUGAGAAAUCAAAAUGGCAGAUCAGAUUUCUGAUUUUGAUUGGUCAAUUUGUCUAGUUCUUUUUUUGUUCCUUCUGAAAUUUCACCUGUAUGUGUUGUCACUAGACAAAACAAACAUACUCACAAUGUUGUCACAAGACAAAACAAACAUACUUACAAUGUUGUCACUAGACAAAACAAACAUAUUUACAAUGUUGUCACAGGACAAAACAAACAUACUUACAAUGUUGUCACUAGACAAAAUAAACAUACUCACAAUGUUGUCACUAGACAAAAUAAACAUACUUACAAUGUUGUCACUAGACAAAAUAAACAUACUUACAAUUUUGUCACAAGACAAAACAAACAUACUUACAAUGUUGUCACUAGACAAAACAAACAUACUUACAAUGUUGUCACAAGACAAAAAAAACAUACUCACAAUGUUGUCACUAGACAAAACAAACAUACUCACAAUGUUGUCACUAGACAAAAUAAACAUACUUACAAUGUUGUCACAAGACAAAACAAACAUACUUACAAUGUUGUCACUAGACAAAACAACGUACUUACAAUGUUGUCACAAGACAAAACAAACACACUUACAAUGUUGUCACUAGAAAAACAAACAUACUCACAAUGUUGUCACUAGACAAAACAAACAUACUUACAAUGUUGUCACAAGACAAAACAAACAUACUUACAAUGUUGUCACUAGACAAAACAAACAUACUUAUAA